AGGCUCCGUGCGCUUCCUCGGCCAAAAGGACACGAGACAACAAACAAAGCAUUGAGCGAAUACGUUUUUCGCGGUUUUUUUUUUUUAACAUUUGUGUCACCGUGGCCUUAUGCAACACAUUUAUUUAGCUAAUAACCGGUUUUUCGACCGUUAAACAACUCCUGAUGUUAUCCUCGUGACCAGUCGUUGGUAACUACGCUGCGACGUGACAUUGUUUGGCUCAGUAGCGCAAGUAGCACUCGUUAUCCAGGGAGUGUCAGGGGAGUGUUUCUGACUGCUCCGAUAAGGUGGCCCUGCCCACUCGACAAACAAUAUCACGGCUUAACAGUGUGCUUAAAGAUUUGGCUGUAUGUUGUAGAUUCAGUCCUCGAUACGACAGUCAUACUUUACGCUGCUGCCCACUGAGUGAGAAAAUGUGGCUGCAAAUAGCUGGGUUCACUGCCCUGCCACACCUGGGAGGGCUCUACGGUGUUUAUAUCACACGCAAAGAGGUAAAUACCUGGUACCCAACCCUGAAGAAACCAUCGUGGCGCCCACCAAACAAAGCAUUCCCCGUAGUGUGGACGUGUCUGUACACAGGCAUGGGCUAUGGUUCAUACCUGGUGUGGAAGGAGCUUGGAGGUUUCACUGAGGAUGCACUAGUUCCACUCGGGCUUUAUGGGACACAGCUAGCUCUGAAUUGGGCCUGGACUCCCAUUUUCUUUGGUGCACACAAGCUGAAAUGGUCCCUCAUUGAGAUUGUGCUUCUCACUGGGACUGUUGGAGCCACCAUGAUGUCCUGGUAUCCCAUCAGCCGCACCGCCACGAUGCUCUUGGCGCCCUAUCUGGGCUGGCUGUGCCUUGCAACUAGCCUCAACUACUGCAUAUGGAGAGACAACCCAGAGGAAAAAGAAGAGUAGGGAUCAUGACUGUGUGUUUUGAAGAGCAUACUUAUAUUCUGAAUCACGUACACAAUGUUAUUAAAAAAAAAAAAAAAAUACUAAUAAAAAAAACAGGUCAGUCUCACUUUUUAACUUCUGACUUUAUUAUCCAGCUGCUUUGUUAUGACCUUGUUGGCUGGUCACAGACUUACUAAUACUUGCGUAUAUGUUGCCCAAAAUAAAAAGAAGAAAAAUAAAUAAAGAUGUCAUUUCUAAAUAGUGGUAUCCCCUUUAACAUCUGCAGUACUUUAGAUCUGAGCAGGCAUUAUGUUAUCUGCUUAGAUACUGUAUAACAGCCUGCUUCUAAUAAAUUUAUUUUGUUCCUU